AUGCUCUUCACGCACGCAUCCUUCCCCAAAGCCAUGUCUACCAUCCCAGCUGCCACCCAGUCAGACCAAGACAUCGACGCAACCUUCGAAUCGCAAAUCACUACGGACGGAAAGUUCGUCCUCAAUGAAUUGAAAGUGGAUGUGCAUUCGGUGAUAGGCUACAUGUGCCCAGCGCCCACCACGGACGCCGACUCAGACGAUACUCGUAUUGAUCGCAGGUGUCUCUUCGGUUUCGACUGGGAUCUCCAUACAAGAGACAGCGUAGCCACCGAGGCGAAACAACCUGACUUAACACCGGCCACUGCGUUCAAAUACGGCCCUCUCUACGACUCCAUGACAUCUCACAUGCUCCGGUACGGAGAUGAAUACCUAGGGACGACGCAGGUCUUACUGAUCAGGGUGGUCGAUAUGAUCGGUCAAUCUGACAUGCUCAUGGUCAAGAUAUAUGGCGAAGAGGAACAAAACAUCCGUGCUGACUGGUGCACGGACUGCAACUUUGAAGACGCUCUGGUCUACAUGCGGUGGUGCAGGGACUGCAAGCGUUGGGAAAGAGCGCCGAGCCGGCGCACGGCGCUCAGGCGCGCACGUAGGCACACCAUUUGA